AUGGUCUCAAUUACUGUUCCUGACAACUAUGGCGCCGUCAUCGCCGUCGCCCUCGGCGGAAUUCCUUUGCUCUCGUUCGUCCAGGGCGUGGUCGUAACCAGCCUGCGCAAACCCGCCAAAGUCCGUUAUCCGCAAUGCUAUGCGACACCCGAACAAUGCAAGGAAAACCCCGCCGCCCAGAAAUUCAACUGCGCCCAACGCUCCCACGGCAAUCUACUCGAAAACAUGACCCAGACAAUGCUGUUCAUGCUCGUCGCGGGCCUCAAAUAUCCCAACGCAACUGCCGCGCUGGGAACGGCAUGGAUCGUGUUUCGCGCGUUGUUUGCGCAUGGGUAUAUUACCUCCGAGAAAGCGAAUGGUGGUGGACGAUAUAAUGGGGGUAUGUUUUGGUUGGUGCAGGGUGCGCUUUGGGGGUUGGCUGUUUUUGGGGUUGGGUUGGAGUUGCUUAAGUUUUAA